GUGGUUUAUUUAAUGUUGUUAUAUAAUUAUCGCGUCAAUUCAGGUUUCAUGUCCUAGAUUAUUUUCAAAAAUAAUGGCUGUCAAGACUGAGCCUUUUCUUCUGGAACGAACUGUAUAUGUCGGCAUAGCUUUAAUUAUCCCAAGUUAUUCGAUUUAUAAGCUUUUUAUCUCUUCGAAAAGUCCAGGUGAAAUAUUUUUUCAAAUUAUAAUGACAAAUUCAUUUAACUCAAAAUUUGGUGCUAAUGCAAGAUGCAGCUGAAUUUCAGUGGACGUUGCUUCCGUUGUGGAUGAGUUUUGUACCUUAUCUUCUACUCUAUUCGAUCGUAUCAUCAUUCGUUUUUGCGUUGGUGAACAAAAAAAUAUUCAAAUGUUGUCGAAUAAUAUUAUCAAUUUGGCUAAUAAAUUAUUUGGUAGGUUAUAAAAUCCUAAUGGACGUCUUUUUGAACAUAUUAUGCUUUUCAUGCAUAAGUUAUUUGGUCUCUGGAAAUUGGCUCUUGAUAUGGGCGUUUGCAGUUUUAGUGUUUCAAGCAUCUGAAUCCUUUGAAUCAUCGUUUAACUUUGGAUUGAUAUCAUACGACUGGUAUAUGAUCUUGUAUGCGGCGCAUUUUUAUAUAGUUCUACGCAGUUUAAGUGUGGCGUUAUCGUUCCAUAAAUGUUCGAACAAUUUUAAGUCAUCUUUUGUCAAAAAGACAGAAAAAGAGGAAUCAAUCAUUAACUGUGCCCCUAAAUCCUCACUAGAAAGUUUAUUGGAUGCAUUAGACUAUUCUUUAUACCCUCAUUCAUUGCUGUUAGGUCCACUCGUCUUGUAUUCAAAUUGGGUUAAUUUCUGGGAAAAUCUUGAUAGUUUACAUUCCAAUCAUCUGUCACCCAGUUUUAGAACAUUACUCGACACACUGAUAUCACUUGUUUCCAAAGCUAUCCGGUUGAUAUUCUGGAGCUCAUUUUGGUCAUUAUGCCUUUGUAUAGUUUAUCCGAAUUCAUUCGGUUAUUUGAUUUCUUAUGCACAAAUUAGUGAAUUAUCUAUACAAAAUAAAUCAAAUCAGUACUAUCUUAUUAUUGAUCGUGGUACAGUGGGUGCGAGUAUUUAUUUACGUAGUCUACAUUUAUUCAUUAUAUAUUUACAAUUUUAUGGAUGGCCAUACGUACUUUCAAAUUUCGAAUGCCUACUCAUAAAUUUGUUACAGAAAUUAUUGAAUAUUCUUCAAUCAUGUGGGCGAAACACCAAAGCUACUACUACUGUCACUGAUCAAACAAGAAAAUCUCAUAGUGACCCAAGCCUAAUUCAGGUUUCGUUUAUGCCUGAACCACCAGCAUGUCUCUUACAUUUCCUUCUGAUUUCUGAAUGUUGGCGGUUAGUUUACGAUGUACUUCUGUUCUAAUAAUGUGAUGUUUCUGAAAGUCGUUGCAUCUUUUUUAUAUAGUAAAAUCAUUCAGCGUUUGCCAUAAUCCCUUCAAAACCUGAAUCUGAAACAGAUAUAUCAAUCAUGUAUUAGUUUUUUUAAUUAUGCGCUCCACGCACUUUAGGGAUAAUCCAUAUAACUGGUGGUUGAUAUUCAAAAGGACUGUUUAUACUUAUUGUCUCAGAAAAUAUUUUUCUAUCGGAGUUAUCUAGUAAAAAUGAAAUCAGACCAACUAUGCACAUCAAAUCCGUGAACAAUUCACCUCAUUUGUUGAGUAUUUUGCUUCAUUGCCUUUUGAAUGGGGAUAUGUUCAGACAUCUCAUCGUAUUGAUUACUUGCGCAGUGCUUUUUGUCUAAUUAUAUAUUGAUCAUAAGUGGAUAGGUUUGAAGUAACGGAGCAGUCAGUUAGAAUCCUAGCACAAAAUAUCAUCUUCAUACAAAUAUAUGAUUGUUUUCUACAAGAUAUACACCAGGAAGCUUAUUCAUUUGUAUUGGUUGUUUGAAUCUUCCCAUUGGUGUUAUAAACUUGUCUCUUUUGGCAUGUAUGCAUUCUGUGUAGAUUGCUUUGAUGUUUUCAUUAAGUCACAGGGAUUUUGGGAUUGUGGAUAGCAGUAGAACCUAGGACCCACAUUUCGUCCUAUCUGGGGCUCAUCAGCUGGAUGUUUCUGUACCCAUGAUGAUGUUCGCAUCGGGAUGCAAGCCCAGAACCUUUCGAACAGUGGAUAGUGUUGAAGACGUUUGACUCGAAAUUCACUAAGCUCGAAUCCUGAUGUGAACAUUACGAGUCCAGGCACAUCCAGCUGACGAGCUCCAGACAGGAGGAAACCUGCGUUCUGGACCCCACUGCUUACUACUAUCCGAAACUUUUUGUAGAUAGGAUGAUCAUUGGUAAAAUUAUCCAACUUAGUAACCAUACCUUACGAAGUUGAAUAAGUGAGGAAACUCCAAACUGAAAGACAUCUUGCAUCAUUUAUGCCAUUUCGCUUAAUUUUGAACAUUUUCUUUCUAGAUAGUGGUGGUUCUAUCAACAUGUUAAAUGUAACGAUUUAAUUCUUGAUUUAGUGACUUUCAAAAAAUUUAUGGUCAGCCUAAUUAUUAUAUCUGACAACUUUCGAUAGUGUAAUGAGAAGAUGGAGUUGAUGUGAAAAAUAUGGUGUAUUCUCGUCAUACAUUUUUAACAAUCUGGUCACACAAAUGCUUUUCAAGACUUUAUACGCAAACUAAUAAAUGUCAUAGAGGGGGAUUGUCAAGAAGUUCCAUAUUGGGAUGAAACAGGUGUCCAGUGCGUGCUGAUUUUUAAUGGUGAUCUGGCUCAUAUCAGUUCGUGAUUAAAGUCAUGAGAAUUCUACGACUACCACAAAACCCUUUCCUAUACUAAUUAGAAAAAAUCUCAACAAAAUAAAGCGAUAAUUGGAAGUAAAAGUGGUGAUGUAAAGUAAAAAGAAUAAGAACUUUUUACACUGCCCUAGGACGUAAAAAUGAAAUAAAAAUUACCAAUCCAAGUUCAAGGUUAGGACAACUUGUGUUUGUUCACAAAUUACGUUAAAGUUUAUCAUCAAAUACUAACUUCAUUUACUCGUCAUCUUUGUACAAAAUGUAAAUUAAUAACCAAGAAUUUAUCAUGUGUAAAGUUUAUAUUAGCCUUACCAGACAUCCUUUUGUCUAUCAGGGUCCUAUGUGACACAAAAAAUAUCGCUUUUCAGUACAGAAUACUAAUUCUUCCAACUUUUUUAGAUUAUGAUAGUUAUAUCCACAUUAAGUCCAACUAACACCCACCGUAAACUUGAAUACAGUAGCCUGGUUUAUUCUAGUGUUUGUAAAUACAUACUGAAUGACAUCUACUACAGAACAUUGUAAAGCUGUUUUAUUUUAUUUUACGACUCAGUAGUUUGAACCAACUAACGCACGUAACAUCAAGUUCAAGAACUUUAGGUCCUAAUGAAGUGCAUCACUUCUUUUAUGUCACCAAAUCCAUCAUUUUGUCUUUUCAACUUGAGCCUAUUUGUUGUAUAAUACGAUUUUCGUCCAAUUUUAUUAAUUUGUAAUUUUUCACUUCCACAGUUCAUAGUUUACGAAUAGAACUUCACGAAAUCCAUGGUAAAGUUAUUCACUGGACAAGACAGUUGCUUCGUAGGGACUUCAUAUUCGUAAUGUUUAUUCAAUCUUUUAAAUCGCUUAUAAUCUUGUUUCUCAUGUUCAAAUGUUUCAGGUCAUUCGAUCGCGGAUUGUACAAUUUCAUUAAAUCGUAAGUUUGUGCUUUUGUCGCUCGAUUUUUUUCCUGAUAACCUUCUUAUCCAUGUAAUCCAGUUGACCUUUUAUUUUGUCAAUAUUAUCUCUACGUUUUUUUAACUUCAAGCAACAUAAAUAAUUCUCAUUGAGUUUCAGCAUAUUUUUAAACCUUGAUGCAUUAACAGCUUAAGUCAUUUUUCAUAGGUAAAUAAUUUACA